AUGUUCAAGGCAAAUGUGAGAAGACCGGUUCUAGAGAGAAACGGCAGUCUAAAAGAGAAUGAGAAGAAGGAUAAAACAAGCCCCGGAUUGUUGUCCAAACACCUAAAGAGAAUCUACCCAAUUGGCCUUCAAAAAAGCAAUUCCUCUCCUUCCCUCUCGUCGCUGUCAUUGUCGUUGUCGGAGAACUCGAAUGACUCAUCUCUAGCGGAUUUCGGUUCUCCUCUUGAUCACAAGAUUUCUUUGGCUCUUCGUCUCGUCGCGCCUCCUCGAAGAAAAGAGUCCCCUGCCCCUAAAAAUGUUCAGCAGCAGCAGAGUCAGGAUGCUAAUAAUCCUGAGGAGUUGAGGAGGUGCAAUUGGAUAACAAAGAACAGCGAUAAAGUUUACGUAGCAUUUCAUGACGAGUGCUGGGGAGUCCCAGUUUAUGAUGACAAUCAAUUGUUUGAGCUGCUUGCAAUGUCUGGCAUGUUGAUGGACUACAAUUGGACUGAAAUUCUCAAAAGAAGGGAGCUAUUCAGGGAAGCUUUUUCUGGAUUUGAUCCAAGCAAAGUUGCCAAAAUGGGAGAAAAGGAGAUCACAGAGAUAUCAUCAAACAAAGCAAUCAUGUUGGCCGAGAGCAGGGUGAGAUGCAUAAUUGACAACGCCAAAUGCAUACUAAAGGUUGUUAGGGAAUUUGGGUCAUUCAGCAACUACAUGUGGAGCUACGUGGAUCACAAACCUGUUAUAAACAGAUAUAGAUACCCAAGAAAUGUUCCUCUGAGGAGCCCAAAAGCCGAGGCCAUAAGCAAGGACUUGUUGAAACGUGGGUUUCGGUUUGUGGGGCCCGUGAUUGUGCACUCCUUCAUGCAAGCCGCUGGAUUGACCAUCGACCAUCUUGUGAAUUGCUAUAGGCAUUAUGAGUGCGUCAGCCUCGCAGAAAGACCUUGGAGGCACAUCUGAUAAUUGAUAUGAUGAUCAACAUGAUCAUACAUACAUAUUGAAGGAUCUCU